AUGUCUGUCGAUGUCAAAUCCGAGUUUUCUGAGAACGAUUCUUCUUCGUCUUCGUCGUCACCAACCAAUGUUAACAACGUUGCAUGGCCUAACUAUCAAAUGAUGCCGUUCAUGAAUGCACAACCGCUAAGAGAUAAAAUGUUACAACCUUCGUUCGAUCCACAGCUCUAUGGAAGAUGGCCACAGAUGGGCGAAGCAGGAUUCUAUGGUCAUUCCGACAUCUACUCAACAUUCGCACUUCCCCAGUUAUCAACCAACGGCCAAAUACUCCCAACGGCGGAAGUUGUUGAAGUGAAGCCUCCACUAUCGAACGGAAGCAGUAGCAGUGAUAGUGGAAUGUAUCCAUCUCCAAACGACUUGACUCCAUUCCCAUCGACGUCUUCUGGCAUUGGGGCGUCCAGUUCAUCGUCGGAUCUUCAAGCGGCGGCUGCCGCUGCCGCUAACUAUCAGAUGAGAGCGGCAACAUGUUACCAACAAUCCGUUUGGCCUUUCAUGGACUAUCAACAGCCGUUCCCCUGGAAAAUGCCACUGGGUAGCGCUGGAAAGGAACGGAGAGCAAGCAGUGACACGAAGUCCUUGCCGACAGGCCCAGGAACGAACAAUGUUCGUGUGCGGACGGCCGACAAGUAUCGAAUGGUUUACUCAGAUUAUCAACGAUUGGAGUUGGAGAAAGAGUUCCACACAUCGGCUUUCAUAACUUCGGAUCGGAAGUCUCAGCUGUCAACAAUGCUGAGCUUGACAGAACGACAAAUCAAAAUUUGGUUCCAGAAUCGACGCGCGAAGGAUCGUCGUGACAAGCAGAAGAUACGACUCUAA